AUGCCACCUCCACAUUCCACGCCUCUCCACGACACACCUCCUUCAUCGACUGCACAUAACGUCAAAAUAUAUCUCAUCCCUGACACCAAUAUUCUUCGACCCACAUACCCCGACGCCUUACCGACACUGCACGCCCACUGUCCCUGGGGCGGUCUUUAUGUUGUUUUAGAGGUCGUCGCCGCCUACAGCUUCGGCGCCUUACAAACGCCCCUAUACUUUUAUCCGCCCCAGCGCAAGGACCCAGCACCAGAAACGCGUUUGAACGUCCCAGCCUGCGCCGUGGUUACUCCGAAGUCGGUGCAUCCGACGUCCUCGCGUGAUGACCCCCCGCCCCCAUUCGUCGUGCCACCACACACCGGCAGUCAGCCUAUCCCUAUAGCCAGGGCCUUUCUCGCAGCUCUGCCACCCCCGCCUGGAGUGUGGACACGCUGA